CUUUCGACUCUGUAUCCCAAUCGCGUUCAGUUCGAUUGCACCACCUAAUUGACUAUUAGUUGAUGGUGGGGGCAUGGCAGUGGGAAAAUGCGACAGCGGGAGGCGUGGCAGGAUUCGCAACGGUGGCUGCAAUGCACCCUCUUGAUGUUGUCCGUACAAGAUUCCAAGUGAACGAUGGGAGAGGGAUGAUUAGUCUCCCGACGUACAAGAACACUGCUCACGCUCUCUUCACCAUUGCCCGUCUCGAGGGAUUGAGAGGACUUUAUGCAGGUUUCUUCCCUGCUGUCAUUGGUUCCACUCUUUCCUGGAGCUUAUACUUCUUCUUUUACGGAAGAGCCAAACAGAGGUACGCUAGUAGAGGCAGCCACGAUGAGAAACUCACCCCUCCUCUUCACCUUGCUUCUGCUGCUGAAGCUGGUGCCUUGGUCUGCCUAUGCACAAAUCCUAUUUGGCUUGUCAAAACUAGACUACAGCUUCAGACACCUCUUCUUCAUCAAACCCCACCCUACUCCGGCCUAUUAGAUGCCUUUAGAACAAUAAUGAAAGAGGAAGGACCCAGGGCUCUCUACAAGGGUAUUGUUCCCGGUCUUGUACUGGUUUCUCAUGGUGCUAUUCAAUUCACCGCGUAUGAGGAACUCCGUAAAGUCAUUGUUGAUACGAAAGAGAAGAGAAGAAAUUCCGAAUCCACAGCUGACAAUUUAUUGAACUCGGUUGAUUAUGCUGCACUAGGCGGAUCCUCCAAAGUCGCAGCAGUUCUUCUUACAUAUCCAUUUCAAGUUAUUAGAGCACGAUUACAGCAAAGACCUAGUACUAACGGAAUCCCAAGAUAUAUAGACAGCUUACAUGUCAUAAGAGAAACCGCGAGAUUCGAGGGUUUCAGAGGUUUCUAUAGAGGACUAACCGCUAAUCUAUUGAAAAAUGUGCCUGCUUCUUCCAUCACAUUCAUCGUCUACGAAAAUGUUCUGAAAUUGCUGAAACAACCUCCAACGAGAUAGGACCGUCGUCUUUAAGCUUUGAUUUAACUCGUCUUUAUUCAUUUUUUUUUUUUUUGAUAUACAUAAUACGGUAUUGCAUUGUAGUACUAUGGAAUAAAAUGAGCUAAAGUUGAUUACUCAUUUAUCAGAGACAAUCUCAGAACGAUACUAUUCACUGUAUGGAUUUGGU